GCCGGCGGUCCGCGCCUUUGUGCUCAGCGCGCGCUCAGCUCCGCCCGGGCUCCGGCUGCAGCACCGGCUGCAUCAAUAAUUCAGAUCGGCGGCAGCGGCGAGAGCGGGAGCUGGAGCCGGGCGAGAGCUACCCAGGAGGCGGCGACGGCUAUGCAUCCAAGGACUGCCGCGCAGCCCCGACCGCUAGCAGGGUGCUCCUGAGGGCCCCCGGGGCGGGGGUCGAGUUUGGGCAGGUUGCAGAAGGAGUGAGCGGCAGUUUGGAAAGCAGAGCCCGGGGAGGAGAGCCGCGAGCGCACAGCUACAAGCGAAGCAGAGUGAAGGGGAGGAGAACCAGCAGCCCCAGCGUGGGAGGGGGGGCGGGGGGGCGCGGACAGACAGCCCCGGGGUGGGGGGGUGGGGAGGGCUCUGGAGAGAUGAUGGGCGCCCUGGAGCUGCUGCUGCUCGGUGCAGCUUGGUUGGCUGGGCCGGCUCGUGGGCAGAAUGAGACGGAGCCCAUCGUGCUGGAGGGCAAGUGCCUGGUGGUUUGCGAUUCCAACCCCACGUCCGAUCCCACUGGCACGGCGCUGGGAAUUUCCGUGCGCUCUGGCAGCGCCAAGGUGGCUUUCUCCGCCAUUCGAAGCACUAAUCACGAGCCGUCAGAAAUGAGCAACCGAACGAUGAUCAUAUACUUUGACCAGGUACUAGUGAACAUCGGGAAUAACUUCGACCCGGAGCGAAGCACUUUCAUCUCCCCACGGAAAGGGAUUUACAGUUUUAACUUCCACGUGGUGAAAGUCUACAACAGACAGACCAUCCAGGUAAGCCUGAUGUUAAACGGGUGGCCCGUGAUCUCAGCUUUUGCAGGCGACCAGGAUGUGACUCGAGAGGCAGCCAGCAAUGGUGUCCUAAUACAAAUGGAGAAAGGGGACCGAGCGUACCUCAAAUUGGAGCGAGGGAACUUGAUGGGGGGCUGGAAAUACUCUACAUUCUCCGGAUUUCUCGUAUUCCCUCUCUAAGGAACUAACUCAACGCUGGAGCUAAGCAGUGGGAGUGAGAGAGGGAGAACAGAGAGAAAGGGGAGGGAAAAAGAAAGAGGGAGAAGGAGAUGUAGAGAAAAAGAAACCAACAAGUGAGGAGAAUUUCCUUCAAAGUCUCAAGUUGUAGCCAGGUGUAAAGAGCUCUGGACAGCAAACUUUUAAAGUUCACUUAUAAAAGAGAAACUAAGCCCCACUUAGAUCUGUGUACAUCUAUUUUGAAGAGUACCAUCCCUCUCCUCAUUUUAGUAGUUGUAGUCAAGAAAGAAGCUGCCUUGUAAUUGAUUUUUUUUCAAUCUCCAAUUGCAACAUGCUCUUACCUACUCCAUUAUCCUAACCCCAGAUUUAGCUAAAAGAAAGGUUGUAUUUCAACAGUGUAAGCUACAAUAUCCUUUUCUACUUCUCAACCCCACUCAGUGUCCCUCUAAUGUUGUUCUUGGCAACUUUUUUUUUUUUUCUUUUUGGUUGUUGAUGGUGGUGGAGUUUUCGUUUUGAAAUGCACUGAUCAUCUUAAACUCCACAGAAGAAUGCUGGAUGGUUGUUUUUUGUUUUUGUUUUUAAAUACACAGAUGCCAUCGUGAAGAAGAGACUGCCUUUCUGUUGAAUGACAGUUAAAAAAAAAAAAAACAAAGGGGAGGGGGGAAAAUAAUUUCUACGUGAAGAACUAUUCCCAGUAAAAACUGGCAGAAUAGAGCAUCUUUGUAUUUCUAUGUAAUAUUCUAAGUGAUUGUGAACUAUUAAGGCUGCUCAAUGUUUUGGUCCUUGGUUUGCUCUUGUCGAAUGUGUCCCAACUAAAUGCCAGGAAGUAUUAUUGACCUUUUACUCUCUUACUCUGUAAUAUAUGUGUGAAUAUCGAGAAUUUAAUUUGGCUCUAAUACAAUAAAGUUUAAGUGGGACUUUUAUUUUUCUGAAACAGAAAGAAACAGGGUUUUCAGAGCAACCCUUGAACCCUCCUAAGCGGGAGGCGGGUUCAGAAGGAGUAAGAAAGUGGUUCAGACGCUUAGCUAUCUUUAGCGCGCUUAAGAGAAGACUGGGGCAGGAGUGCUAGCCCGACUGAGCUGGCCUAUUCAACCCGCCUAACAUUUAAGACACCCUGCGUCUCUGCGCCUGCCUCGCUUUCUGCUUCCUCGCUGCUUUUACUCAAGACUUAAAAAUUGACCGACCCUUCUAGUGACAGAGAACGCCUAGACCAGUGGCUGAAAUGCAGUUUGAGAAGGGAGGCGCAGAACCAAAAAGGGAAGAGUAGUCCAAAUACGAAACCACCCCGGGGCCUAUGUUGUCGCUGUCCACCAUCUUCUGGAUUUUCGGGACGGCUCCGUUGACAUUUUAUAGCACCUUCUCUGGAAUGACCAACUUGUCCACUCCUCUCCCAGUCAGCUGUUUUGAUUUGGUUUCCGGUCUUUAAGAGAUGUAAAAAUGCUUUAAUUUUGCAGUACUCAGAGAUGACUACUUUUAUUAAAAAGGCCCAUCCGCGAUUCUGACUGUAUCUGAAUAUAAUGUCAAAGCAAAAGUCUAAUAAACAACUUCAUUUGAAGAUUAAAUGGAAGGCUGGCCGAGUCGGAGGCCUAUGUAUGCAGGAGGCUCGGGAGGCUCUGAGAACAGGCUUUGGGUGGAAGUGGGAAGAGGGUAUGGUAUGGGUCUCCACGUAAAUUCCAGGAUUUCCGGAGAUGUACAGUAAAAUCAUUCUGGGUUUGUGCAUGAUUUCCAGCUCCUCCAGGGUUAAGCGUCUUCUGGUUUUCUUCAGACCCAGGUUUCAGGAAACAAUUUAAUUAGCUCCUAGGGGGAAAAUUAAUAAUAGCAUAAUAAGCAACCCUUCCUUAUUUAUUCACGGGGCUUGUCUGUAUAAUAGUUUCACAAGGCAAGUGGGGACUACAUUGAAGCCCAAACCCUGUUCCGAGUAUCCCCGCAUCUAACUUUUCUGUUGUUUGCCUUCUGAAAAACUUGAUGUUCCUGAAAAGUCAGUGUCUUCACUACUACUCCUUAUCUAGUCCCAAACUCUGUUUAUAGUGACUGGAUUAGUGACCAUCUUCUAAGGUUUGGAUAUCUGACCAAGUUUCUUUUUGCUCAUAAAUAGUAUCACUUUCAACUAAAGAUUACGGAAGACUGGUGUCAGGAUUAAAGUAGUUCAAGAGGAAAAUAAAAAAGAAAACUUUUCUGUCUCCCCUUCUCCAACAUCCCCUCCUCACCCCCUCCUUAGGCUUUAUUUCUGCCUGUCUGUUAGCGGAGGAAACGAGUCAGAAAUCAACAGUGGCAACAAACUUAUGGAGGGUAAUGAGCUGAGCAACAAAGGAGGCUUUUCUUUCUGGUGGCAGAAGGUAGUGUAGAGGUCGAUUUCCUUCUUUGGUUUACUCAGGUAGCAGGUUUCCUGGCAGAGGCAACCCCAGGCUGAAUGUAGAAUCUCAUUUUGGAAUUUGAUCGGGUGGGGAGUCUGGGCCCAGGGGCAAAAGGCAUGGGGUCUCGUGAGUUCAAAAUUCUUGGCUUUUCAAAAAAUCUGAGGGUACUUUGUUCAUUAUGUCGCAUUUUUUGUUUGUCUAUUUAUUUUUGGCGUAUAAUGUCACUUUAUUUGCAGUCUCUCCGGCUACUCCCUGGGAGAAACCGCGUACCUUACCGUCUGCCCCUUGGGGUUUUGGACCCCAUAGAUCUGUCUAUAUUUAUUCCUUUAAAGAUCCCAUUCCCGCGGGCGGCCUAAUCCCUCUGCUUCUCUCAGUCCUUGGCCCCGCCGAAGGCUCUCCUUUGCCUGGCUGGCCCGGAGUCUUGGGGCCUGCAAGAGGGCGGACCAGUGCAAGCGCCACUCCUGCUCAAACAGCAGAGGGCUGAACGUUCUGGGUCUGGAAUGCUUGUGGGACCUCCGCUGUGAGUCCAGGAAAUUUGGCGUUGAGGAUUGGGAUCGCUUCGAAUCAGCACUAUUAGCUUUUUCUUAAUACGCAGGCUUCGGACUUGUUUCCUAGGAUCCGCCUAGCAUCCUAGGACCGGCAUUGUGAUCACAGUACGCUUCUCUCUCAGCGGUACACGGGUACAUUUCCCGGUCCUGACCAGGCGGUGCAAGCAAGAUAUCACCUGUACUCUCUUUCUCUGAUUUUCCUGGCAAGCCUAGAAGCCUUGGAACAUGUUCGAACUAUCCACCCUCCGUGCUGCUCGUCCCUUGCAACUUGGCUCCCUUCCUCUCCCUGAUGUACCUAGAAAGGACAAGAAAUGGGAACAGAAUUGUGGGGUAAGGCAGGUGUGGAGAACAGCCUUCUGCCCAUAGAUCCAUCUGCCUGCUCAGGUAGAUGGUUUGGUGGAAAGGGGAGGACUGUCCCGGGAAGUUUGGAUACUAGGAAGGAAAGAAAAAAAAAGUAUUUAUUUAGCCCCUACUAUUGCCAGAUACUGUGCUCAAUAUUUUAUAAAUAUUAUUUCAUUUGGUCCAGGCAGAAGCUGUUGUUUAAAUUCACUUGCUGAUCUGGAGGGCCAUGGUUUCCAGGGAACCUGACCCUAGCGAGUCUUGCUCACUCAGAUGCAGAGGCAGAGGAAACCUUUGCUUUUCAGGAAGAGGAGAAAGUUAUCCAUUUCUAUGUAGGCCCUUAAAGUCAGGCUGAGGUUGUAUUGUUGAGCUGAGCUAUUAGGGAAAUCUUUAGAAUUUCCCAGAGUGUAGCCCACAUCCCUCAACCCCAGCCUCCACUCAUUCUGGGGAUUGGAUUGGAGUCUUGUCCCAUAAUCUGUGAAUUGAAAUCUAAUGCAGAUUACUAGGGCAACUGAUUAUUAAUGCAAAUAUGUUAAAUAGAGAAUUCAAACAUCUCUAUUUCCCUUGAUAUUAAUUUUUAUUUUGGGAGUGGGAGUGGUAUGGGAAGAAGAAAGAAGAGAGGCUGCAUCAUGAAAUAUAAAUACCUGAAUGUUCUACUGUUAUUCAGUCUUCAGUCUGCUACAGAGGUCUUGGUGGAAAAAAACACAAGAUUGUAAGUCAGGCUGCCCAGAUUCUAAUUCUUACUCUGCUAUGAAUUAGCGGAGUGACCUUGGGCAAGGCACUCUUCUCCCCCAGUCCUUAUUUAUAAAAAGAAAGAGUUGUACUAGUUGAUCACUAAAAUCCCUUUCUGCUCUAACAUUCUAUGCUUUAAAACAUAGAGUUCUAAUCACACAAUUUUAUGCUUUAAAGCAGUGGUGUCAAACUCAAAUACAAACUGGACUCUAUUAAUAUGAAUCCAAGGAUCCCAUGGACAAUGUUAUCUAGGCAUUAUUGGAUUUUUAUUUAUUUUGUUAAAUAUUUUCCAAUUACAUUUUAAUUCAGAGUAGCAGGAGUAUUAUUGUUGUGAUUGACAUCUUGAAUUUUAAGGAUCCUUCUAGCUUCUUAAUUCUGUUUUCUAAGGGCACUUCCAGCUUUGCUAUUCUAUGAUCUAACAGUCUAUAUUCUAAAGUCUCUUAUAUCUUAGAUAGUAUGUGGUUCUAUGAAUCCAACCAUGGAACCUCCAACAUUAAUAGGCCCUUCUGGGAAUUUCAGAUACUGGUGUAAUAAUAGGCUUAUUAUUAUUAUAUUAGGCUAAUAAUGUUGGUUUCAAAUUAGAACAAGUGCCCAUGUGGAUAUUUUGUUGGCUGGAUGUAAUUAUGAAUUGUGUAUAAUAAACAAGGUUUUUUCUCUUUCCACA